CUUGACAGAUAAAGAAUUCAGAGUUGUAGCCUAACCUCUUUUUAUUAGAAUUUAUUUUAGAAAUUAUUAUAAAUAAUUACUUAAUACAAAUUGCAAUGGCUUCGUUAAAUGUGUAUUCAGUGGGUAAACUAGCGAAAUAUAUUUCUGGACCAACACUGAGGACGCUCCGUGCUAAUGUAUACAGAAGCACAGUCCGAGGUUACAGUACAGAAGAGAAAAGCAAAGCAGAGCCGGAGGCAGAGAGCAAGCUGCCCGGCUCCAUCGAGGAGUGCCACAAGCAGAUUGAGACUCUCACCAAUGACCUCAACACACUACGGAAUCAGGCCAGAGAUUACGAAGAUAAAUACAAGCGUGCACUAGCUGACGGAGAGAAUGUCAGGCGCCGCAUGAUGAAGCAGGUCGAAGACGCCAAGUCCUUUGCCAUACAGAGCUUCUGCAAGGACCUGCUCGAUGUAGCCGACACGCUGGCAGCGGCAGCGGAGAGUGUCCCAGAGAGCGAGGUGUCGGAGGGCGGCGCCGCCGGUACAGAGGCGGGCGCUGCCGCCGCCCUCCGCUCCCUCCACGACGGAGUACGACUCACCAGGGCACAGCUCACACAGGUGUUCAGUAGACACGGGCUGGUGUCAGUAUCUCCGCUGAGGGAGAAGUUCGACCCCAAUCUACACGAAGCUCUGUUCCAACAGGAGGUGGAAGGCGCUGAACCAGGUACGGUAGUAGCAGUGAGCAAAGUGGGUUACAAACUCCACGAGAGAUGCGUAAGACCAGCCCUUGUAGGAGUCGCCAAGUGAUCCAGACACAGCAUAUAUAUUAUACAUAAAAUAUUUAGCUAGUUUAGUUGUAAAUAGUCCGGUCAACUGGUUCUAGAAUGUUCUGUGAGUUUGUGUGUAAUUUUUUGGUAUAAUUUGUUUUGGCAUAGUCAUUUCGUUUCGAAAACAUUUUUUUUUAUAAUGUGGCUCCCCAUUAGGAUUUUCUCCUGUGUCGUGAGUGCAGUUACAAACAUACAAUUUCA